GAAAGGGAGUCUGGCGGGUCACUCUGGCUUCCAGGUCCCGAGUACAGGAGCAGCCCCCCAAAACUCGCACCACCUGUGUGCCGGGCCCCGGGGCAGGGGCGGGCCCUGAAUCCUGGGUGCCGGGGGCGCGUCACGGUCGCCCGCUCCUGAUUGGACGCCGCUACGGUCCGACCAGGCGCACUGGGGGGUGGGCAUCCCCAGAGGCCGGAACCGGAGUAACGGGACUCAGGGUGGUGGGAGCCCAAGGGUUGGCGUCGGUGUCAAGCCCAAAGCCCACGUUGGGAGCCUAGCCUUGACGCGCGCACCAUGCCCUACGUGCUCAUCAGCACCCAGAUCCGCAUGGAGGUGGGCCCCACCUUAGUGGGCGAUGAACAUUCAGAUCCAGAGCUGAUGCAGCAUCUGGGGGCCUCAAGAAGGGCCGUCCUGGGAAACAACUUCCGGGAGUACUACGUCAACGACCCCCCUCGGAUAGUCCUGGACAAGCUGGAACGCAGGGGCUUCCGUGUGCUGAGCAUGACCGGCGUGGGCCAGACGCUGGUGUGGUGCCUGCACAAGGAGUAACUCAAGCUGAGGAGUGCACAGGGCACCCCUUCUUUGGUUGCCAGGGGCCCCAAUCCCAACCCCCACCUCACUCACGGCCCUGCCUCUCUCUUCACAAAUCGUCAGUGUUCCUGGCCCCAGCAUCACUGAGCAGUGAAUGGCCUUCUUUGAAACCUGCCUCAGCAGGGGGCAGGGAGAGCACACCCCUUGCCCUGGUGCUCCCUGCAGCCCCUCCACCUUCUGGCCUGACCUGAGGGCCCUGGAGGGUGGGCUGAGGGGCUGGUGAGAGCCAGGCUGUCCUUGGCCAGGAGCAAUGGCCCCAGGACUAUGUAGCUAGUUCAAGCCAAUAAAGGGUCACGAUAA